AGAAAUACACAUCAUCGUCAAUCGCUGAUCCGCUCCACGGAUACUUACCCCCGCAGCCUCCAGGAUUCUUGCUGCUCGCGCUGUGUACAGAAACGAUUCUUAGCUGAUUGGAACACGGGUAAUGGUUGUAGAAACCUGCUGGACAACGUCAAGCUUUAAUUAGCGAGACGGCUCACGGCUUACACCGCUAGGUAUCAUGGCAGUCUCACUGCUACGAACGACCCAUCGCAAAGUGUUGGGUGCCAUCGUCUGUGAUGGAUACGCGAUGUUGGCUGUGGCUGCGUGGAUUGCCGGAUCAGGAAGUGAAGGAUGGUUGCCGAUCUCAGACGAGCUUCAAUUUCUAUGGUCAAGAACGAACGCCACCCUUCCAAGGAUCCAUGUUUCACACACGGACCACCUUCAUCGUAUCCUCACAUUUCCUUGCCCUCCAAUAGCGAACUCAAGUGACUAUUUUAAUCCCUCUAGUGCUAUAGAGCUCUGCUACAGCUAUGAGGCACCGUAUGCGAUACAUCCAAAGAUAGGAUCUCUAUGAUCUUCACUGCCGUUGUUCGCUGUUCUUUAUCGAUAUUAUUGUACCAACUAUAUUCGACGACCCCGUGUAUCGAAACACGGUCAAAGGAUCUGGAACCAUACUAUUUUCAUGGCAGCUGACGCCCCUCCCUCCGUCCUGUUUGAUUUGGUAGCUUUCCUACCAGUUACCACGAUCGGAAUACUUGUUCCCAGAUCUGUUUGUUUCCAUAGUAUGUGUUCUCCGCCAGGUUUUUCUGAUUGGUUUACUUAGCAGUGAUCACUGUCUGACGGGGAUGGUGCCUUGUUGGAAAGCUCCGCGGGCCUUAUGAACCAUAUAACUUCCUUACUUCCUUCCUUCCGAAGAGCAGGUACUCAUACUGAUCUGCGCUUAUCCU